AUGAAGGCGAAUUCUCCCCACGCAGAGACGAUGCCGGGCGAGUCGUCGCCCAGGCCGCUGGGGCAGCGACGCUCCAGCUCAAAGAGUCGCCGGCUUAUUGAAGAGUACCGGCGCUCAGUCCUGGCGUCCGGGGGCGAGCCGAUGCUGGGCGCGUCGUCCCGCGCGUUGUUGGAGCGGGUCGGGGGGAGGAAGACGACCGCCCUCUCCGCGCGACGCGAGGGCGCAGGGAAGUCGGUGGCGCCGUCACCGACGACGUCGGAUCCCGUGCAGUGGUGCCUGGAUCGCGCCGAGGCGGCCGAGGCGGCGGGGCAGUUGGCGGACGCCGAGAAGUACCUGCAAGGGGCUCUCGAGCAACUGCACCACACGGAAUCUAUUGCGCUGGGGGCGGCCCAUUGCGUCUCUGCCCACGACGACGCAAACCUGGAGCAGGAUCGCGUGAGGACGGCUGAGGUCCUGCGCCGCUUUGGCAAGCUAACGAUGCGGAAGAGCGCGUAUGCAGAGGCGCUUGCGCUCUUCAACCUCAGCAGCCGCAUCGACCCCCUGACGCCUGUCACCUAUGCGUUGCGAGGUGCCUGUCACGAGCACCUGGGGAAUGACGCUGAGGCGUAUGAAGAGUAUAAGAAGUAUCUCUCUCUCAGCCCUCCCACUAUGGCUGUGAUGGCGCACACGGGACAAUGUGCACUAAAGGCAGGACAAUAUGAGGCCGCGGAACGUCACCUGCAUGAACUGCUACGAAUGACGAAGGCAGCCACAACUGGUUCCCUCGCACCGGUCGCGAGUCCCAUCGCCACACUGUUUGAUUCUCCCAGUUUUUACGAGGCGCACGCCUACUACUGCCUGGGUCUUGUGCGGGAGAAGCAGUCAGAGCAAGCAGCGUCGACCUCCUCAGUGGACUCGGCGAGCCAUUCGGCCGAGGCGCUGGCACAGGAGGCGAGGGCAUACUACGACUUGGCGGUGGCAAACUCAGCUUACAUAGCAGCCCUUGAGGAUGCCGCGGAGAGUGCCAUUGCCGUCGGGGAUGCAUCACUGACCUGGGAAAAUUUGCGCCAUUUGCAGCGUCUACGCAGGGAUUGCGCCCACUACUACUUGCGCGCCGCAGACGUAUGUGCCAUGACGAACGACGCCGCCGCCGAGGUGGAGGAGCUUUCCAAAGCACUAGACCAGCGUCAGCCGGUUUCAACGCGUCGGACGACCUUGCUUCGUCGCGCCGCCGUGUACGCGUCGAAGAUGCACAUCUUUGACAAGGCGAUUGUCGACCUCUCGCUCUUGUUGAGUUUGCCAGGCGAUGACCACUGCACAGCGAUGGCGUACUUGCAACGGGCCAAGGCAUUUGAGCAGCGCAGUUGCGAGUGUCCACGGACCUCCAAGGAGGACGUUGGGGCCGCCUUGAGCGACUACGACAGUUUUGUGGCGACGGCGUUGAUGCAUCCGCAUAAACAAACUGCCCCACCCGAAUCCAUUACGGAGGCGAUGCUAAUUCUCGCCAACGGGGCAUUUACGGAAAACAACUAUGCCCGUGCCGCGCACUUUUUUGCGCGUGCAGUCGCGCGGGGUUGGCAGCCGCGUGAGGAUUUACCGCAGCCCUGCCGGCAACCCAAGGCGGGAACAGCGGCCUCGUCGAUAUCACUGACGGGCGUGGAUCUGCUUACCAAGAUGUACGUGGCGAUUGCCCACACUGUGGUGUCGCGGAUUGCCAUCGCCGAGGAUAUGUUCAGGGUGGCCUACGAGCAGCGGGAACGGCCUGCGGCUCACGUCGUCGUUGACUUGAAGAAGUCGAAGGCCGCAGAACGGAAGGAGGCGGAGAAGCCGAUGGUGCCGGUCCCUGCUGUCGGUUACCAGGUGGUGGAAGACCACUACCUGUGGCUGCGCGCACUUGAACCGACCGUCUUCUCCUCCUUGCAGUACGAACUCCUGGAGCUCUGGGAGCCGUACAGGACGGAGGUGGAGCGGCUGCGGGAGGAAUUGAUGCUCACAAGGAGCGGGAAGAAAGUCAAGCGGCGCUGA